GGGCGCGGCGCGCGCCGCUACGCUCGGCGCCUUGCGCUCCCGAGGCGGGGUGAAAGGUGACGUAUCUUCGCCUACAGACAAACAUGGCGGAGACCGAGCAGCAGCGACCAGGCGCCUCCCCUGAAGAUGACAAGGCAGCUUCGCUCCCCAGCUUCAAAUUCUGCAUCCCCAAGAAGGAGAUCAACAUGGUGCCCGACAUGGGCAAGUGGAAGCGUUCGCAGGCCUAUGCUGACUAUAUUGGAUUCAUCUUGACCCUGAACGAAGCUGUAAAGGGAAAGAAGCUGACAUGCGAAUACAGGGUGUCAGAGACAGUGCAGAAGCUGCUGGACGUGUUGAACACACUGGACCGCUGGAUUGACGAGACGCCGCCAGUGGACCAGCCGUCCCGCUUCGGCAACAAGGCCUUCAGGACGUGGUACGCUAAACUGGAGCAGGAGGCAGAGGCCCUGGUGUCCACCAUCAUCCCCCCUAAGCUCAGUGCCGCCGCCCCGGAGGUAGCCGUCUAUCUGAAGGAGGCUGUGGGGAACUCCACCAGAAUAGAUUACGGGACAGGUCAUGAGGCUGCCUUUGCCGCCUUUCUCUGCUGCCUCUGCAAGAUCGGCGUCCUGAUGGUGGACGACCAGCUGGCCAUAAUGUUCAGGGUGUUUGACCGGUAUUUGGAAGUGAUGCGGAAGCUACAGAAGACCUAUAGGAUGGAACCAGCAGGAAGCCAGGGUGUCUGGGGGCUUGAUGACUUCCAGUUUCUGCCCUUCAUCUGGGGGAGCUCCCAGCUCGUAGAUCACCCCACCUUGGAGCCCAGGCACUUUGUGGAGGAGAAGAUGGUGAAUGAACACCACCAGGACUACAUGUUUCUGGAGUGCAUCAAAUUUAUUAAUGAGAUGAAGACUGGCCCGUUUGCAGAGCACUCAAACCAGCUGUGGAACAUCAGUGCAGUGCCCACCUGGUCCAAAGUCAAUCAGGGACUCGUCAGAAUGUACAAAGCUGAGUGUCUGGAGAAGUUCCCCGUCAUCCAGCACUUCAAAUUCGGCAGCUUGCUCUCCAUUCAGCCCCUGAAGCCAUGAGUCUGGGUCUGGGUCAGAGGAGCCGGGUGGAGGUGGCCAAAAAUCGUGGCGGGGGGGGGGAGCAUUUCAGCGCUUAGGGAUCUAUGUACAGUAAAACCUCAUUUUCACCUUACGCCCCCACCACCAAAUCUCUAGUUUUUUUUAUUUCCCUCCCGAGAUCAAUCACAUUCUGUGUGCCAGUUUGAAUGUGUGGAUUAGCAGAAGAUGCAAGUCAUCACCAGUGCUGUUUUUACCCGUGUACCUAUUUAUUUGUAUAAAUAUCCAGACAGCGUGGGAGUAAAAUAAUGUAAGUGAACCCUAGUUUGGCACAAGUCAACGGAAUUAAAAAGUAAAUCUGAUUUACUAUGUAUUCCUGUAGUCAGUCUGUCUGAACAGAGCUAGGUUCAUCCACUGGCGGUGCAGUGUGGUGAUGUCUGAGGUAAGCAGGGCAUCCAAAUACUGCUUGGCUAAGACGACUCUUUGGGUAGUAAAGAACCUUGAUUCUUUAAUGCAUUUACAUUAUUUAAAAUUGUACAUAAGCUGGAAAAAGUCUCAAUAAAGAUAUUGUUUGUGUAUGAAAA